UAUAUACACGCGGUAUCCGGAGACUGGCUUCCAUCUAUUCGUAUAUCAUCGAUAUUGCUUCUUUUCAGAUCAGUACUGUAGAAUAGAAAGAUCUCUCUCUCGCUCUCUCUCUCUCAGAAAUGGAGAAUCUAACAGUUACGGGGAUGUUGAGACGCGUAGCCGGAGACUUCUCAUCACGGCGGGCCCUCUCAGUCUCCGGAAAGUUCGACUUGACGUACGCUCGGCUUCAAGAACUCGUCGAAAGUGCCGCUUCUCGACUUGUCGCAGCUGAUGUAAACGUCGGCGACGUCGUGGCGCUCGUCUUCCCGAAUAUCGUCGAGUUCGUUAUCAUGUUUAUGGCUGUGAUAAGAGCCAGGGCCACCGCUGCGCCGCUCAACCCAGCCUACACCUCGGAUGAGUUCGAGUUUUUCCUCGCCGACUCAGAGUCGAAACUCCUGUUGACCUCAGAAAAAGGAAACGACCCAGCCCAAGCCGCCGCAUCCAAACUGAAAAUCCCUCACGUCACAGCCACACUCUCCGAAGCCGACGCAGAGCUCACUCUCUCCCUGACUCAGUCCGAGUCGGAAAAAAACUCGGUCUUCAAUCUCACCAACGAUCCCGACGACGUGUCGCUCUUUCUCCACACGUCAGGCACCACCAGCCGCCCCAAGGGUGUACCCCUAACUCAGCUCAACUUAGCCUCCUCAGUGCAAAACAUUAAAGCGGUUUAUAAAGUCAGCGAGUCGGACUCAACUGUGUUAGUCCUCCCCCUAUUCCACGUCCACGGCCUAUUAGCCGGGUUGCUGAGUUCGCUCGGCUCCGGUGCCGCCGUAGCUCUCCCUGCCGCUGGACGUUUCUCGGCUUCAACAUUUUGGCCCGACAUGAUCCAAUACAACGCCACAUGGUACACCGCGGUCCCGACCAUCCACCAAAUCAUAUUAGAUCGGCACUUAGAUAAACCGGAACCCGCAUAUCCGAAGCUCAGGUUCAUUCGGAGCUGCAGCGCGUCGCUGGCGCCGGCCAUAUUGAGCAGGCUUGAGGACUCAUUCGGGGCACCCGUAUUGGAAGCGUAUGCCAUGACCGAAGCGGCCCAUCUCAUGUCGUCGAACCCGUUACCGGAAAAUGGCCCUCACAAGCCCGGGUCGGUAGGAAAACCGGUGGGUCAAGAAAUGGUGAUAUUGGACGAGAACGGUGUGGUUCAAGAGGCAGAGAGGAGUGGGGAGGUGUGCAUCAGGGGACCAAACGUGACAAAGGGCUAUAAAAAUAACCCAGAGGCUAAUAAGGCUGCUUUUCGGUUCGGAUGGUUUCAUACGGGUGAUCUCGGGUAUUUGGAUUCGGACGGGUAUUUGCAUCUAGUUGGUCGGAUCAAAGAGCUUAUUAACCGUGGAGGGGAGAAAAUAUCGCCGAUUGAGGUGGAUGCAGUUCUUCUAUCCCAUCCUGAUAUUGCUGAAGCUGUUGUUUUUGGAGUACCUGAUGACAAAUAUGGCGAAGAGAUUAACUGUGCAAUCAUACCAAGAGAAGGAUCGGGCAUUGAAGAGGCAGAGGUACUAAGGUUUUGCAACAAAAAUCUAGCAGCCUUCAAAGUCCCCAAAAAGGUAUUUGUCACCGAUUCUCUCCCGAAGACCGCUACUGGGAAAAUCCAAAGACGCUAUGUAGCAGAACACUUCCUCGCUCAAAUCUCAACUGCCAAAGUCCCCAAGUUUGGAGCCUAGACCAUGCAACAGACACUCGACAGACUUUUUAUCUUUAUGCAUA